AUGUCUAAACAGGCUUAUAUAAUGCCCCAUGCCAGUUAUCUGAUUCAAAACAUUUCUUCCUGGGACACACUCCGCUACACUUCCAAGGCUCCACCAUGCUCGACCGCUCCACAACUCGCCUCCAGAUCACCAAGCGAAGUAUGCUCCAUCUAUUGUUAAGAGGAGUAUUCAUUUUGGGGUUAGUUCUGAAGUCAUUUCAUCGGUUUCGUCCUUGCUUGUGUCGUCUUUUUGAUGUGAUUUGUGGUGUUCGACUUUCGCCUAAUAUUUAUUGGAAGUCCUUGUUCAGUCACGAAAUGUUGGAAGGAGUUGUGGAUAGUAUCCUUGUUGACUGGAAUAAAACUACGAAACCUUCUGGUAAGGUAUUCAAUUCACCUCUUGUCACGCUAGACGGUGAAUACUGUCGAUUACUGGAAUGGUCACGCCCGAAUCGACCAUUGAUCGUGAACUUUGGCAGUCUUACUUGUCCAGUCUUUAUGAAAAAAUUGGAACAAUACCAAAAGAUGAUGAAAGAUUUUCAGGAUAUUGCAGAUUUUAUUAUUGUGUAUACAGAAGAAGCGCAUCCCUCUGAUGGCUGGGCCUUGGAAAAUAACUUUGAUGUCCCAUCGCCUAAGACUCAAAGUGAACGCUGUGCGAUGGCGAGGUUACUAUCUACCCACAAUGCAUCUCGCUGUCCUGUUCUCGUCGACACCAUGUUGAACGCUGCAAACAUUGCAUACGGGGCUUUCCCAAUAAGACUCUACGUCAUUGAGGAUGAUCACGUGGUCUAUCAAGGUGGAGCAGGACCUACUGGAUACGAGAUAAAUGAGGUUUCUGAUUGGCUAAAACAGAAUACAAAGAUUUAAUAAAUAGCCAAUCACCAACGAGUAUAGUAAUAUAUUGUAAAGACAGUAAUGAAUCCAGACACUGGUGAAGUGAAGUUGGAUUAGAGAUGUCAUGCAUUUUUAUCAAAAUAAAGAUUGGGAAGUACUAGUAGUAAGAGCACACACCUAUCAUCUCUAGAUACCUGGUCCAUUGCCCGGACUUGGUGCUUAUAUCAACCGAGGGUGUUUGUUUUCCACCUCUAUCCUUCGCUUGCUUUGAGAAUAUUCUCAGACUACUCCGGUUUCCUUGAUCAUUCAAGGUCAAUGUCCUGAGCGUAAGAUACCAGAAUACGUAAAACUAUAACUUUAUGUGGCAAUGAUAUUUGUUUAUAUAAUUUCUUUGCCAAGAAUAUUA